AUAACACGCGACUGAUCUGAAGCGUCUCUGCAAAAACAAAAACAAAAAAGGAGGAAGAGAAGAGAAGAGAAGAGAAUUCAAACCAGUUUCCAUCGACGAAACGACCUGACCUAUUCUCUUAUUAUUACACGACGAUUCCUCUCCUGUAGAGCUCUUCUUUCUCCUCACUUCCACAGAGACCAGUUGUAUUCUUCGUUUGCUUGGAACAUAAGGUGCAAUGGCGAGGAUAAAACCGCAAGCUCUUUUAAAUCAAAGCAAGAAGAAGAAGACUCCGAGUCGCAUUAGUAUUUCCACUAUUAUUGUGUGUAACCUUGUAGUCGCUCUAGUCAUACUGUCGUUGGUCACAACUUAUCGCAAUAGGUCUCAAAGGUCAAGAAACACAAUUGAACAUGAAACCUGAGACUCCAAGCUUCAGGACACUAAUGCUGCAUCAGAGCAAAAGAGUUACGACCUUCCGGGUUAUGCUGAUAUAAACACAUCAAAAGGACUUAUAACUGUCGAACUCUUCAAAGAAGGUUCCCCUGAAGCUGUGGACAAGUUUCUAGAUCUAUGUCAAAAAGAUCACUUCAAGGGAAUGCCGUUUCAUCGGGUCAUAAAAAACUACUUGGUACAAGCUGGUCACUCGCCGAGCUCUAUACCUGUAGAAGAAUGGACAGCUAAAGGAAAACUCCGUGGUCGCCUUCACACGAGCCCAAAACAUGAGGCAUUCAUGUUGGGGACACCAAAAACAAAAGGGAACAACAAGGAUUUUGAUCUUCUGAUCACAACGGCGCCAAUCCCGGAUCUGAAUGACCAGCUUAUAGUGUUUGGAAGAGUCCUUAAGGGAGAGGAUGUAGUACAGGAGAUCGAAGAAGUGGAUACUGAUGAGCAUUACCAACCGAAAUCACCAAUAGGGAUCACAGGUGUUGUAUUGAAACGAGAGAUGUGAUAUGAAAAAAGGGCAUCUCUCUUCCUCCUUCCUUCCUCUGUAAAUGAGGCCCACGCCAAAUCUUUCUUCAUACUCACUCACUGUUUGUAUAAACCCUCUUUUGAGGUAUUUUCUCUCUUUUUAUUUUACAGUUUUUUUGUUUGUAAUUUUAUUUGAUCUUUCUCGAGGAAAUAGAAUCUUUGUUUAAGAUG